AUGAGGGAAGCAUAAGAAAUUGAAAAAGAUAUGAUUCCAUUAAUUUUGUUUCAUUAUAAAGUCACAUUUUAUUAACAGCCCAGGAAAACAUCUUCCUACUGUUAAUAUGUUAAAAUUAUCAUUGUUUUCUCUACUUUUUUGUCUUUCAUUUUUCCUAAUUUUCUCCUUGUAGGAAUAUGUGUGUGUGUGUGUAUUUAUUUUUAUUUAUACUCAUAUUUAUUUUUUAAUACCUAAGUUCCUUUCAGUCAUAUCUUGGGCAAGGAAUGCUCUAAAAGUUUAGUUAAAAAGUUGCAUAUUAUUUAAAGUAUAUAGAAUAAAACUUGGGGGAAAAUUAUCUUGAAUUUGGUACCUCUUUGUUGUAUUUUUUUCUUUUUUUCUUGUGUGCUCAAGACACUAUGCUAAGAACUUAAUCUUAUAAAGCAACAUCCGAACAUAACCAACUUUUAAGAUAACAGUAGUGAGAAAUCAAAGAAAGUGACAAAUGGUGAAAAAAAAGAUAAGGAAGGUAGGACUCUGAUGAAGGGAAAUGAUAUAUAAUUUAGAAAUUUAAAUAGGUGAGGAAGAAUAUAAUUUCUUGAAAAGGUGGACAUGUUAUUUAUUUUCUUGAAUGUAGGCUGUGCCUAUACAUUAAAAAAAAUUUCAUUUUGUUUAUGCAGAAAGUACUCUUUUCCAAGCAUACAGGGUUUUUUCAGUACAUCCAAAAAAAAUUGCGAGUUCUUUUGUAAGCGUUACUGAACAAUGGAUGAUACAUUAGUAUUAAUUAAGUCUAUUAGAAACCACAUAUUAGAGUAGAUUCGUUGUGUGAUAAUGGUUGAGGGAGAUUGUGAGUAGGAUUCCUAUCUGUUCUUUGCUUUAUCCUAAGCUUCUUCAAAAGCAGAGAGUACAAAUUACUGGGUUGGUCUUUGUGAUAUAUUCCCGAGCAAGUGAUUUCAUUUUCAAGGAGCAUUCUUGUACUGAUAGAUGGUUUCUAGAAAUCCCACUUUCCAUUCUCAGACAGAUUAAGAGGUUGAUAUACAGGUUAUUUUUGGAGGACCAGCAUGGCAGGAUUCUUAGAUAAAACUGGUAUUAAGGGCGGCGGGAGGAAGGCAGGAGGCUGCUGGGCCGUGCGCGGGCUGCCGCUGGGGAAGGGACCCUAAGGUGUCUGCUGCGGCUUGUCUGUCACUCGCGCGGACUGGGGUGCCAGGACCAUGGGUCCGCUCCCCUGAGGCGGAGGUCAUGGGCAGGAUGGUAGGAGGCCCGCGAGAGGCUGCUGCGGAAGCCGCGGGCCCGUGACUGGGCACCAGACGGCCGGCGGCGGCACCACCACCACCACCACCACCACCAUCACUACCAUGUCGCGCUCGGUGUUGCAGCCCAGUCAGCAGAAGCUGGCGGAGAAGCUCACCAUCCUCAAUGACCAGGGCAUCGGCAUGCUCACCCGCCUCUACAACAUCAAGAAGGCAUGUGGAGACCCCAAGGCAAAACCAUCCUACCUUAUUGACAAAAACCUGGAAUCUGCUGUGAAGUGCAUAGUCAGAAAGUUCCCUGCUCUAGAAACCCGCAACAACAAUCAACAGCUUGCACAACUUCAGAAAAAAUCUGAGAUUCUGAAAAAUUUGGCAUUAUACUACUUCACAUUUGUAGAUGUUAUGGAAUGUAAGGACCAUGUUUGUGAAUUGCUGAAUACUAUUGAUGUUUGCCAAGUCUUCUUUGAUAUUACUGUAAACUUUGAUUUAACAAAAAACUACUUAGAUUUGAUCAUAACCUAUACAGCACUAAUGAUGCUGCUGUCUCGAAUUGAAGAAAGGAAGGCAAUCAUUGGAUUAUACAACUAUGUGCAUGAAAUGACCUGUGGAGCAAGUGACCGAGAAUACCCACGUCUUGGUUAGAUGAUUGUGGAUUAUGAAAACCCUUUAAAGAAGAUGAUGGAAGUAUUUGUACCCCAUAGCAAGUCUCUUUCAGAUGCACUAAUUUCUCUUCAGAUGGUGUAUCCUCGAAGGAAUCUGUCAGCUGACCAGUGGAGAAACGCCCAAUUACUGAGUCUCAUCAGUGCACCCAGUACAAUGCUCAGUCCUGCACAGUUUGACACUAUGCCUUGUGAAUACCUCUCUUUGGAUGCAAUGGAAAAGUGGAUUAUAUUUGGCUUUAUUUUAUGUCAUGGGAUCCUAAAUACUGAUGCGACAGCACUGAACCUUUGGAAGCUAGCUCUUCAAAGUAGCUCUUGCCUCUCACUCUUUCAAGAUGAAGUUUUCCAUAUUCAUAAAGCUGCAGAAGACUUAUUUGUAAAUGUAAGAAGCUAUAAUAAGCUCACUAAUGACAUAAGAGAAUGCAAAGAGGCAGCUGUGUCACAUGCUGGUUCAAUGCACAGAGAAAGACGCAAGUUUUUAAGGUCUGCACUGAAAGAGUUGGCUACUGUCCUUUCUGAUCAACCUGGCUUGCUGGGUCCCAAGGCACUUUUUGUUUUUAUGGCAUUAUCCUUUGCCCGUGAUGAAAUUAUCUGGCUACUUCGUCAUGCAGAUAAUAUGCCAAAGAAGAGUGCAGAUGACUUUAUAGAUAAGCACAUUGCUGAAUUAAUAUUUUAGAUGGAAGAGCUCAGAGCACAUGUAAGAAAAUAUGGACCUGUAAUGCAGAGGUAUUAUGUACAGUACCUUUCUGAUUUUGAUGCUGUUGUCCUCAAUGAACUUGUACAGAAUCUUUCUGUUUGCCCUGAAGAUGAAUCAAUUAUCAUGUCCUCUUUUGUUAAUACUACGACUUCCCUAAGUGUAAAACAAGUUGAAGAUGGGGAAGUAUUUGAUUUCAGAGGAAUGAGAUUAGAUUGGUUUAGAUUACAGGCAUAUACUAGUGUCUCUAAGGCUUCACUUAGCCUUGCAGAUCACAGAGAACUUGGAAAGAUGAUGAAUACGAUAAUUUUUCAUACAAAAAUGUUCCACUCCUUGGUGGAAAUGUUGGUGGAAACAUCAGAUCUCUCCAUAUUUUGUUUUUAUAGUCGUGCUUUUGAGAAGAUGUUUCAACAAUGUUUGGAGUUACCCUCUCAGUCAAGAUACUCAAUUGUGUUUCCAUUGCUUUGCACUCAUUUUAUGAGUUGCACACAUGAACUGUGUCCAGAAGAGCGACAUCGUAUUGGAGAUCGCAGUCUUUCCUUAUGUAAUAUGUUCCUGGGUGAAAUGGCCAAACAAGCUCAAAAUCUCAUCACUGAUAUUUGCACAGAACAGUGUACUCUUAGUGAUCAGUUGCUGCCCAAGCAUUGUGCCAAAACCAUUAGUCAAGCAGUGAAUAAGAAGUCAAAAAAACAGACUGGUAAGAAAGGGGAACCUGAAAGGGAAAAACCAGGUGUUGAGAGCAUGAGGAAAAACAGACUGGUAGUGACCAACCUUGACAAAUUGCACACUGCACUUUCUGAGUUGUGUUUCUCUAUAAAUUAUGUACCAAACAUGGUGGUUUGGGAGCAUACCUUUACCCCAAGAGAAUAUUUAACUUCUCAUCUGGAAAUCCGCUUUACUAAGUCAAUUGUUGGAAUGACUAUGUAUAGCCAAGCCACACAGGAAAUUGCAAAACCAUCAGAGCUUCUAACAAGUGUAAGAGCUUACAUGACUGUACUCCAGUCCUUAGAAAACUAUGUGCAAAUUGAUAUUACAAGAGUAUUUAAUAAUGUUCUUCUUCAACAAACACAACACUUAGACAGUCAUGGAGAGCCAACUAUUACAAGUCUAUACACAAAUUGGUACUUGGAAACUUUGUUAAGACAAGUCAGCAAUGGUCAUAUAGCUUAUUUCCCUGCGAUGAAAGCAUUUGUGAACUUACCUACAGAAAAUGAAUUAACAUUCAGUGCAGAGGAAUAUUCUGACAUAUCAGAAAUUAGGUCAUUAUCAGAACUGCUAGGCCCAUAUGGUAUGAAGUUCCUAAGUGAAAGCCUUAUGUGGCAUAUUUCUUCACAAGUUGCUGAACUUAAGAAACUUGUGGUGGAGAAUGUUGAUGUGCUCACACAAAUGAGGACCAGCUUUGACAAACCAGACCAGAUGGCUGCACUCUUUAAGAGAUUAUCAUCUGUUGACAGUGUCUUGAAGAGGAUGACAAUAAUUGGUGUAAUUUUAUCCUUCAGAUCAUUGGCACAAGAAGCGCUUAGAGAUGUCUUAUCCUACCACAUUCCUUUUCUUGUAAGUUCAAUUGAAGAUUUCAAGGAUCACAUUCCAAGGGAAACGGAUAUGAAGGUUGCAAUGAAUGUGUAUGAAUUAUCUUCAGCUGCUGGAUUACCUUGUGAAAUUGAUCCUGCCUUGGUGGUAGCUCUCUCCUCGCAGAAAUCAGAAAACCUAAGUCCAGAAGAAGAAUAUAAGAUUGCCUGCCUCCUCAUGGUCUUUGUGGCAGUUUCUUUGCCAACACUGGCCAGUAAUGUCAUGUCUUAGUAUAGCCCUGCUGUAGAAGGGCACUGCAAUAACAUACAUUGCUUGGCCAAAGCCAUCAACCAGAUCACUGCCGCUUUGUUUACAAUCCACAAAGGAAGCAUUGAAGACCGUCUUAAAGAAUUUCUAGUGCUUGCAUCCUCCAGUCUACUGAAAAUUGGCCAGGAGACAGAUAAAACAACAACAAGAAAUAGAGAAUCUGUUUAUUUACUGCUAGAUAUGAUUGUGCAAGAAUCCCCGUUUCUGACAGUGGAUCUUUUGGAAUCUUGUUUUCCUUACGUCCUGCUGAGAAAUGCAUACCGUGCUGUCUACAAGCAAAGUGUUACAUCUUCUGCAUAAAGUAUCUCCUUAUUGAAGACAAGCACGCAUUUUUGUCUCCUAGGUUUUACCUGUAAACUGUGGAUCUCUUUUACCUUAAGGCCUGAAAAACAGUUUUGUGGAUUAUAAAUUUCUUUCAUACGGUUGUAUUUUCUGAUCACUGGUUUCGUAAUAUGGUUGUAUUACAGUACUUGACUGAUUUAGGUUACACAUUCACUGAAUUCACUGAAAUUAUUCCUAUAAUUUUAGAGUAUCAUUUGUUUGGAAAAUGUUAUCUCUAUGUUUUUGAUAUUUGAUAAUGAAAAUAACCCUUUGUUUGUUUAUUUCUGAAAAAAAUUGUAUUUAGUGAUUAUUUUAGAUAGUGGUAUUACAGCAUUCAUCUGUGUGUAAAUUAUUUCAUAUAGGGAAGAGUUCUGAUCUGUACCUAUGGUUCUUAUUGAAAACAAAAACUGGAUGUGCAUUUCUGUGA